UAAUUACGGCAUUAAGUAGCCCUGUUUUCGCAAUUAAAGCUACCCCUGCCUUCCAUGCCUUUUCGUCGUCUUCUUUUUCCAGCUAAACACCAUGCUUUUACAUGUAUAUAUAUAAAUACUUACGUUGUCUUAUUCCAUUCCUACUUUUCUCUUUCAAUAUUACCUCUUUCUUUUUUCUUUUUUGGUUGCCUUUGAUUUUGUGUUUAGGUUUUGCAUAAUAAUCCAAGUUGCAAGGAAAGUGAUAUAAGAUCAGAUGGAAGAAGAGCAAAGCGAGUUUCGACACUGGGAUGAACUACUUCCUGAUGUAUUGGGGCUGAUCUUCACCAACUUGCCCAUACAAGAGUUACUGACAGUCAUUCCCUGCGUCUGCAAAUCCUGGAGUAAGGUAGUCACGGGUUCCCAUUGUUGGCAGUAUAUAGACCUUGAUGAACGGAGCUGUCGCCGCCUGUCCCACCAACUCGAUCGAAUGCUUCGAAUGCUAAUCACAAGAAGCAAUGGAUCUCUCCGCAGCCUACAUGUUUCAGGUCUUCAGAAUGAUUCCAUUUUCUCAUUCAUCACAGAGAAUGUUGGCUCCCUUCAGGUUUUACGACUGCCAAGAAGUUUAAUAAGUGAUUCGAUAGUCAAACAAACUGCCCGAAGGCUUUCCAUAGUCACUUUCUUGGAUUUGAGUUACUGUCACAAAAUCGGUGCCCAAGCUAUAGAGGCCAUCGGAAAGCACUGUAAACAUCUUGUAGUUCUGUGUCGCAACAUGUACUCUCCGGAUUCAGCAGACAAGGUCGAAGCGGAGGAUGAGGCGAAUGCAAUAGCAUCUACAAUGCCAAGGCUAAAGCAACUUGAGUUUGCUUAUCGUUGUAUCAGCACUGAAUGUGUUCUCAACCUCCUCUCUUGCUGUCCACAGCUUGUGCAUUUGAAAAUAGAUGAAUUCUUGAGUGAGAAACUUGAUCAUAAGUUCCUUAAAGAAAAGUACCCAAAGUUAGAGAUUCUGCUGCUGUAUCUGGUCAUUCUCUUCGAAUCUGAUGAAUCCGAUGAUGAUGAGUAUUUAGAUAUGUAAAUCAGCUUUCAACAUCUUCAUAUUGUGAGCAACCUUUAACCUAUAUAGGAACUGCGUCUUUGCAUGGAUUGAAUCUGUGGCUUUAUUCGUGAUUAAAUAGCGUGAUAAGUAUGGGAAUGGAUCUUUAUUCUUAAAUCAUGAUUAAGUAGUUUGACACAA